AUUGAUUCGAUUCGCGGCUCACGAAAUUAGCCCUUUCGCGGCGUGACACAUUGAAAGGAGGGAAAUAAAAAGCGUUCACGGGUAACGGUAUGUCUCAGCCAUGGCGAAAAGACACGAAAAAGCGUACACGAUUUGCCGCCUGGACGCGCGCGCGCGGUCCAACUCGGCUCUCAGUGACACACUGCCUCGACCCGGCACAGCAUAGCUCGUCCUGCACGCAUCUGUCCGUCACGUCUGACGAGAUCCCACGGAAUCGAAAGCGUACAGACGCUUUUACCUCUCCCGCGCCUCUACAUACACUCAGACAACGAGAUAACCGACGAUACCGUGCACCGACGAUACACAUUCGACGACUGUCGGUCGAAAACUAAACGUGUUGCUCCCGCUUACGGAGCCAUCUGCUCGCGACGCUCGUAAAUAGUUGCACUUUCCAAUCAUGUCGGUGCAAUUUCAAACAUCGUAUUUUACCACUUUCGAUAAUACACAUGUUGAAUAUGCAUCAAAGACACUUUCUGUUCCGCUAAAAAGUUCUGAAAUUCGAGGUAGGAUCCUGAAAGGAGUCACUAUGACCUCGCCAAUAGAUCCAUUUAUCGUUCAAUGAAAUAUAAAUUGUACGUCUAUUAGUCUGAAUAUAUAGUUUUUCAUAAAAACAAACGAGUAAUACCUAAAUACUUUUAAGCGACAUAAAGUUUUCAAGGAAAACGACAUAAUUAGGCCGUCACGGUUUUCGCGCCUAAGAAUUAUAAAAGGCGGUGAUCGAUUAUCGAGAUUGCCUCGACGAUCAGUCUCGUAACUCGCACAUCGAAUUUAAGAUGUGGUAAUUGACUGACAGAUAAGGUUUUGCGUAGAUCGUUGAUACCAUAUAUAUAUAUAUAUAGAGAAUUGUUGUUAUAAUAAAAGUACCGGGUGUAGAUACAUUUUUGCACUUCAUAUUUUAUUAUCCUUUCGUUUUUGCAACAAUUUAGGAAAUGAUUUUCGUAAAUACUUUAAAGAGAGUAAGGUUAGGACAGCUGUAGCAACAGUGUUUGACGUGUCAGUGCAAUUGCAAAUGGCGGGCACCAAUGGUGACAUUUCCUUAGUAGGAAAGAAAAUUGAAAAAUUAACAAUAUCUGCAGAGAAACCGACAACGAAUAAGAAUGACAAAGAGAACGAGAAGAGAUCGGAACCUUGUUUCUGGGGAUUCGAAACUCGAGAAUUAUAUAGAAUCGCGGUUAACUUUUAUAAAGAAAAAGAGGGUAAAGCAGUUCACCUGUCUUAUGAAGACAAAUUAAAAUUGGUGGCUUUUACUCAACAAGUAACACAUGGCAAGUGUACGGCUGAAAAUGCACCACCUUUGGGUGUGUUGGAUGUAAUUGGAAGGGAUAGGCGUUUAGCAUGGCAAAAUUUAGGAGAUAUAUCUAAGGAACAGGCAAUGGAAGGAUUUAUAGUUUUAUUGGAUAAGUUGUGUCCAUUGUUUAGAACGGUUGUGGAAGCGCAAAGAAGGGAUAUAGAAGAGAAAUUACGGUUAAAGAAGGAAGAGGAAGCCAGAAAAUUAGAAGAAGAAAGAAGAUUGAAAGAAUUAGAUGAGGAAAAAAAGAAAGAAGAGGAAGCUAGAUUAAAAGAAGAGAUUCAAAGGAGACAAAUUCAAGAUGCCUUAAAUCAACAAACAUAUUACCAAUUUAAAAUGUAUGCAGAACAACAAUAUCCUGGUAAUCCAGAACAGCAAGGCGUGUUAAUAAGACAACUACAAGAACAACAUUAUCAUCAGUAUAUGCAACAAUUGCGUCAAAAUCAGUUAGUUAUAGAAGAACAAACCCCAGAUACAAAUGAUGUGGCAACAGAAAACGAAGAAAUAAAAGAGCACAAAGAAACAAAUGAAGCAGCUUCAAUAAAUGACGAAGAUUCGGAUGAGUUGUUAGAGGAUUAUCCACCUAUUGCUCCUGCAGAGAUGUGGACAAGGAAAGGAGUGGAGGAAUUCAAAGAAAUUAUCAGGAGAGAAGCUGGUGAUGCUGUUAUUAAAGUUGGACAUGGAGAAACUUUAACUGUUAGAGUGCCAACCCAUGAAGAUGGCACCUGCCUGUUUUGGGAAUUUGCAACUGAUGGUUAUGAUAUUGGUUUUGGAGUAUAUUUUGAAUGGUCAAAACCAGAAUCAAAUCAAGUAUCAGUACAUAUUAAUGGAUCUGAGGAUGAAGAUGAGGACGAUGAUGAUUAUGAAUCAAAAGAAGAUUUGGAAAGUGGAGUAUCUAAUGAUACCAUUCAAUCUGAUUACAAACCAUUGCCACCACCUAUAAGUGUAGUAGUACCUAUAUAUAGGAGAGAUUCACAAGAAGAGAUCUAUGCAGGAAGUCAUAGAUAUCCAGGACAGGGCGUAUAUCUUCUCAAGUUCGAUAAUGCGUACUCACUAUGGCGAAGUAAAACGCUUUAUUAUCGGGUCUAUUACACACAAAAUGGUUACGUGAAAAAUUAGUUCCACCGAAAGUCACUGCGAUUCGCCGAUCGUACAAUCGUUGUGAACUAGCCUGUCAAAUGGUCUGCCGAUAUUGCUAGUCCAACUAAACGAAGAGUCCUAUAUCUAAUUUUCUGUUCAUAUAAAGUCAAGUGUUCGCAAGGAAAAGAAAAUAUACUUAUUAUUAUAGUUAUGUAAAGACACUUUAUUGUUUAAUAUGGCAAGCAAAGUGGGCACAAGUAAAAGAAGAAGGUUCCUAUUGUCCCCCUUCCUGUGAAUGUUUAUAAACGAGCGAAACAAAAAGUAUGUAAACGUCGAUAAUACCGGUACACACGCAUCAAACAAAUUCUUCAUAUCCGAUAUAUUAGUGUCGUAUUCGAUUGUAUAUUAUGCCAGUAAUGUAUCGGUGAUUCUAAUGCAUAAUAUUGUUUAUCGUGGUCAGAUUUUAGUCUAUCUUUGUUAUUAUCUCACUCGUGUCUGUGUCUUAUACUUUUAUUAAUACUGUCCCAGGUUUUAGAAAAAUACAUUGAAAUUAAAAUA